GCAUAACCUGGCACCAGACAAGAGAAAUGAAAAGAUGGCUGGUUCAAUAUGGCAUCUCUGUUGAGUCUGAAAAGGAGUCGAGAAGGAUUGCAGGCGAACUCCUCAGCCCACAUGGAGUGGUUAGUGAACUGCUGCCCUUCACUGCAAAGGACGGUGACAACUGCCUCACUGUCAAGCUGCUGCCAGCUGCAUCAGUCCAGUGCCUAUCAGGAACAAUAGAAGCACAUGUAAGGCAGCUUGAGGCCGCAGGGAGACUUACCUGCAUGACAUUGGAGCCUGAGGACAGGGAACUCAUCCUUAGAAAAAGGACCCUGGAAAGGCUGGACAUGCACUACAGGCAGUUCCAGGAAGAGGGAGGAGGGAACAUCAGUAAGGCGAAGCUGUACAAAAACGUGAUUGCACCCUACAUGUUCAAUGUGCCCCUUGACCAGGUGUGUGUACCCGGGCUUCAUGUAAGCUUGGGUAUCUAUCACCGCCUCUACACCAUGAUGGAAGCAGAGCUCCAAGACCUUGACCGAGUCAUUGGUGCCUACAUGGUGAGAGUGGUAGAUGAUGAGGACAUGGACGAGGGAGAGGUGCUCUACCACCACCAGCUGCACGGGCUCAAGCCCUAUGUAGAGGCAAUGCAAGAGGCUAGGGCUGUAGACAACAUGGUAGAGGAUUUGAGUGAGGAAUUGGAGGAACUCGAGAGCAGUCUGGCCUACGCCAUCCUUCAAGCCAGGAGUCUGGACAACAUCAUGUCGAUGAAGGAAGAAAUCGAGAGGCUUAUGGAGCGCAAGAGGAAACUGGAAAGUGAGUCUGAGGACAUAAAAACCGGCACCAAAUCACCAGUACCAAUGGCCCUCUCUCAAGCCUCUUGGACACCGUUCUCCAGAACAACAAUGCCAGGAGGCAGGCCUACCAUGGUGGGGGAUUUGUUGGGAAUCACGUGGAGGUCAUGUUGAAGGAACAAGCCAUCGAAGACUUGACGUCUGCUGCCAAGCAGGCGGCAGAGGAAAUUGUGACCCAGUUUGAGGCUUUUCCGCUUGACCUGGUUACAAGGUCUAAUGACAUCAGGGUGAAGUAUGAGACAAUCUUCAAGGCAUUUGCAAAGUGCCAUAAAGGGUACUCCCACACAAACAGCAUGACUAAUGAGGAGAUAUCUAAUCUAGGUGGGUUCUUAGUCAUCAACCCAUUUUGAUCUACUACCAACAUUAAAAGUUAUUUUGGAUAUGCAAUUGACAUCAUAAUGUUUUUCAUAGUAAACCAAUACAUAAUCAAUCAAUACCAUU